UCCCAUGAUAAGUAUUAGUACCAUGUAAGGGUAUUUAUGUCUUCUACUUGUAGUUUUUCCAAAUAUAUUCUGCUACUUCAUGGUCAGCGCUGCUGUGUGCCAGUCUCUGCUAUUUCUUAUGUCCUUUUUUUUCUUGUGGAUUUUGGUUUUAUUGUGCGGAGAGUAAAGAUAGUAAGGAAGCAUUAACGAGUAACCCAAUCCCGAUUGGUCCAAUGGAGAGAGGAGGUGGUGGUGGAAGAGGAGGAGGUGGCGGUGGAAGAGGAGGUCAAAGAGCAAGAGGUGGUGGCGGCAAUCAACAACAUGAACGCCACCAUCAUCAUCAUCAUCGUCGUCGUCCACAACAGCAACAGCAUUAUAAUCAGCAACAAAGUUGGAGACCAAGCAGUAAUCAAGGUGUGACUCGCGGUCCUGACGGUGGUUUGUAUAAUCAGCAACAGAGCUGGAGACCCAGCAGUAAUGAUGGGGUGAGUCAGGGUGGUGAUGGUGGUUUGUAUAAUCAGCAAGAAAGUUGGAGACCUAGCAGUAAUCAAGGUGUGAGUCACGGUCGUGAUGGUAGUUUGUAUAAUCAGCAAGAAAGUUGGAGACCUAGCAGUAAUCAAGGUGUGAGUCGGGAUCGUGAUGGUGGUUUGACGGGACCCACAAGAGGUGAGUAUAAUGGUGGUGGAGGAACAGGUGGCGGAUCUGUAGGAAAGGGACCCAUAAGUACGAACCCUCCUAUGCCUACUGCUCCUCGGAGAAAUGAUGAUACUCUCCAAUCUCAGACUUUAUCUGGUAUGCGAUCUCUGAAUAUUUCGAGGCAUCUGGCUUCUUGUUCAUCUUCUUCGGAUACUGCCACCAGAGUUGUCCCUGUUAAAAGACCAGAUAAAGGUGGCAGACUAGCCAUCCGAACUGCUAAUCUUCGUGUAAAUCAUUUUCCUGUCAGGUUCAAUUCUGAAUGUAUCAUCAGACAUUAUGACAUUGAUGUUAAACCAGAUGUGGCCCCCAAGGGUGGUCGUGCUGUAAAAAUGUCCAAGUCUAAUUUGGCAACAAUCAGGAAUAAAUUAUUUACUGAAGAUCCAUCUCAGUUUCCAUUGUCAAUGACUGCAUAUGAUGGUGAGAAGAAUAUUUUCAGUGCAGUUCCUUUGCCCACUGGAAAGUUUAAGGUGGAGUUCUCUGAGGGGGAAGACAUGAGAGAUCGUACUUACACAUUCACUAUAAAGUUUGUGAGUGAACUUAAGUUAUGCAAGUUGAAGGACUAUUUAAGCGGAAAGCUUUUGUCAAUCCCUCGUGAUAUAUUGCAAGGGAUGGAUGUUGUGAUGAAGGAGAAUCCAGCUAGACAUAUGAUUUCGGUUGGCCGCAGCUUCCACUCUGUCAAUGCAUGUAAAGAAGAUAGCCUGGGAUAUGGCAUCACUGCUUCUAAAGGGUUUCAACAUAGCCUCAAGCCCACCUUUCAGGGUCUAGCUAUGUGCUUGGACUACUCUGUUCUUGCAUUUCGUAAGCGACUGCCGGUGAUAGAUUUUCUUAUGGAGUAUAUCCCUGGAUUUAAUGUAAAUGAUUUUAGAAGCUUUAGAAGAGAUGUUGAGAAUGCAUUGAAGGGGCUAAAAGUUUCAGUGACUCAUCGCAUCACCAAACAAAAAUAUACCAUUGUUGGACUGACAAAGGAUAAUACACAACAUAUUUCAUUUGCUGCUGAAGAUCCUGAUGGGAGAGCUCCACCAAGGCAAGUUAGCCUUGUUGAAUACUUCAGGCAAAAGUACCAGGAUAUAAGAUACAAGGACAUUCCUUGUCUUGAUUUGGGAAGAAAUAAUCGGAAGAAUUUUGUGCCAAUGGAAUUCUGUGUCUUGGUUGAGGGUCAGAUAUAUCCAAAAGAACAUUUGGAUAAAGAUUCAGCCCUGUUCUUGAAGACAAUGUCAUUGGCAUCUCCAAGGGACAGAGAAAGGAUAAUAUGCGACAUGGUACGCUCUAGAGAUGGACCUUGCGGUGGGAACAUAGUCCGCAAUUUUGGCAUGGAAGUUGACAUGAAUAUGACAUCAGUUGUUGGCCGUGUGAUUGGGCCACCAGAAUUGAAGCUAAGUACUUGUAGUGGUGAGGUGAUUAAAAUUGCUGUUGACAAGGAGAAGUGCCACUGGAAUCUUGUUGGAAAAGGAGUGGUGGAAGGAAAAGCAAUUGAACUGUGGGCUGUGCUUGACUUUAGCUCCUCUGAGCGUGGUCGUUUCAGAUUGAUGCAAGAGCAAUUCAUUUCAAAGCUUACGGCUCGUUGUAAGAAUCUAGGAAUCUCUAUUAAUAAGCCUCUUUUUUGUCAUCCCUCUACCAUGCAUAAGUUAACUAAUAUAGAUUUGCUUCAUCAUCUGCUUGAAAUUGUGAUUGACCGGGCCAAUCAGGCUGGCAAAGGCCGAUUGCAGAUUCUUAUUUGUGUGAUGUCUAGAAAGGAUCCUGGUUACAAGUAUCUCAAGUGGAUUUCUGAGACCAAGGUUGGUGUAGUGACUCAAUGCUGUUUGUCUGAUUAUGCCAACAAAGGACAUGACCAAUAUUUUGCUAAUCUUGCUCUCAAGAUCAAUGCAAAGCUUGGGGGUAGCAAUGUAGAGCUCAACGACCGACUUCCAUACUUUGAAGGUGAGGAUCAUGUUAUGUUUUUGGGGGCUGAUGUUAAUCAUCCAGGCUCCCGAAACACGACAAGUCCAUCUAUAGCUGCUGUUGUUGCUACUGUAAAUUGGCCAGCUGCAAAUCGAUAUGCAGCUCGGGUUCGUCCACAGGAUCAUCGUAAAGAAAAGAUUCUGAAUUUUGGUGAUAUGUGUCUUGAGCUUGUUGAAACUUAUGCUCUGCUGAAUAAAGUCAGACCAGGGAAUAUUGUGAUAUUCCGUGAUGGAGUAAGUGAAGGUCAGUUUGAUAUGGUUCUCAACGAAGAGUUAAUAGAUCUCAAGAGAGCAUUCCAGUCAGUCAAUUAUACCCCAACUGUUACACUCAUUGUAGCCCAGAAGCGGCACCAGACUCGAUUAUUCCCUGCGAGGAGUGAUGGUAGCUCUAAUGGAAAUGUGACUCCUGGCACAGUUGUGGACACAAAAAUUGUGCAUCCAUUUGAGUUUGAUUUUUAUCUUUGUAGUCACUAUGGAAGCCUCGGGACAAGCAAGCCGACACAUUACCAUGUCCUUUGGGAUGAGCAUGGUUUCAGCUCUGACCAACUGCAGAAGCUUAUAUAUAAUAUGUGCUACACAUUUGCUCGGUGCACUAAACCAGUGUCUUUGGUCCCCCCAGUGUACUAUGCUGAUCUUGUUGCUUACAGAGGCAGGUUGUACUAUGAGGCAGUAAUGGAUGGACAAUCUCCAGCAUCAGCAACGUCUUCAUCUUCUUCAGCAGCAUCAUCGUCACUGUCGUCAGCAGCUUCAUUGGACGAUAGGUUCUACAGAUUACAUGCUGAACUGGAGAACAUAAUGUUUUUUGUUUGAACAGACUGCAGUUGGCAAGUCUUCUUCUCUCUGUUGAUGGAGAUGGGGGAUGGUUACCAUCUUUUGUUGAAACUUCCCUUGCGCAGGUUCACUCCUUUUCUAUGCAGACUAGUAAAUAGUGAAGGAGUUUGUGCGUGAAUCUAAUGGGUUAUAUAAGCUCUUUUUUUAUCAUUGCCUUUUUGUCCAAAGCAUGUUUGUAAGAGGAGCACUAUGCUUUUUCAUUUUUUUAAGUUAAAACUAUUCCAUUUCAAUGAUACUUGUAAGUAUUUUUUUUUUUAAUUUACUCUUAUUAAGUUUGUUUAUUGCUCUUAAUGCUAUUACUAGCAGGUGAAAUUUGUUCUUCUU